GUCGGAGAGCGGGGACGCGGGGCGCGCUAGCGGGCGGGGGCGAGGUUCGGGCCGGUUGUGCCGUUGCGAGAUUGCAGCUGUAGUCGCUCCGGCCGGUCAAGAGUUAUACCCUGACUGUAAAUUGAAGAAGCCAGUGGUGCUGCUGGUGUUUUUCAGAGGCAGUUCAAGUUGAAUCAUUGAUUCUACUGAGGUGUAAACUCUUCCAAGAUGUCAAAAACAAACAAAUCCAAGUCUGGGUCUCGCUCUUCUCGCUCAAGAUCUGCAUCCAGAUCUCGGUCUCGUUCGUUUUCAAAGUCUCGGUCCCGAAGCCGAUCUGUCUCUCGUUCAAGGAAGCGCAGGCUGAGUUCUAGGUCUCGUUCCAGAUCAUAUUCUCCAGCUCAUAACAGAGAAAGGAAUCACCCCAGAGUGUAUCAGAAUCGAGAUUUCCGAGGUCACAACAGAGGCUACAGGAGGCCCUAUUACUUCCGUGGGCGAAACCGAGGCUUUUAUCCAUGGGGCCAGUAUAACCGAGGUGGCUAUGGAAAGAGUCCACCAGCAACUGGCUCUGCAUAUGGUUCAUCUCAGAAAGAGGAGAGUGCUGCUUUGGGAGGAGCAGCAUAUUCAAAAAGGUAUCUGGAGGAGCAGAAGACAGAGAAUGGGAAGGAUAAGGAGCAGAAACAAACAAAUGCUGAUAAGGAGAAGCUGAAGGAGAAAGGGGGAGACUUUUCCUCUGGGAAGUCUUCCUUUUCCAUUACCCGGGAGGCCCAAGUCAAUGUCCGGAUGGACUCCUUCGAUGAGGACCUUGCACGACCUAGUGGUUUAUUGGCUCAGGAACGAAAGCUCUGUCGGGAUCUAGUCCACAGCAACAAAAAGGAGCAGGAAUUCCGUUCCAUUUUCCAGCAGCAUCACUUUGGAUCCUCUGGAAUGACAUUGCAUGAACGCUUUACUAAAUACCUAAAGAGAGGAAAUGAACAGGAAGCAGCUAAAAAUAAGAAAAGUCCAGAGAUACACAGGAGGAUAGACAUUUCCCCCAGUACAUUCAGAAAGCAUGGUUUGACUCAUGAGGAAUUGAAAAGUCCACGGGAACCUGGCUACAAGGCUGAGGGAAAAUACAAAGAUGAUCCUGUUGAUCUUCGCCUUGAUAUUGAACGUCGUAAAAAACAUAAGGAGAGAGAUCUUAAGCGAGGUAAAUCAAGAGAGUCAGUGGAUUCCAGAGACUCUAGCCACUCAAGAGAAAGAUCAACUGAAAAGACAGAGAAAACCCACAAAGGAUCAAAGAAGCAGAAGAAGCACCGCAGAGCAAGAGACNGGUCCAGGUCCUCCUCCUCCUCCUCCCAGUCCUCCCAUUCCUACAAAGCAGAGGAGUACCCUGAGGAGGCAGAAGAGAGGGAGGAGAGCACCUCGGGUUUCGACAAAUCCAGAUUGGGGACCAAAGACUUCAUGGGUCCGAAUGAAAGAGGCGGCAGAGCUCGGGGAACCUUUCAAUUUCGUGCAAGAGGGAGAGGAUGGGGCAGAGGGAACUAUUCUGGUAACAAUAACAACAACAGCAACAAUGAUUUUCAAAAGAGAAGCCGGGAAGAAGAAUGGGAUCCAGAGUACACGCCCAAGAGCAAGAAGUAUUACUUGCAUGACGACCGGGAAGGCGAGGGCAGCGACAAGUGGAUGAGCAGAGGCCGCGGCCGAGGAGCCUUUCCUCGGGGGCGAGGCCGGUUCAUCCAUGUAUCCCGUGGAGUUGCUCCCAGCCUCCCCAUGCACCCUGCUCUGUCUAAUUUCUCCUGGGCUGGGCUUCCCAUUCUCCACCAGCAGCUCCAGUGUCCCAACCUUUGUAGUCCUGCUGGUCUUCAGCAAGAGGAGUGGAAACUGGAGGGCAGUUUCUGGACGGUUUUCUAA